GCAUACGUCACUGCCCCGCGCCGGAAGAGCAUAUGUUAUGGAGCUCUUCCCUCAACUUCUGCACCUGCCCCGGUAUCAUAACAUUCCGGGAUGAGUCGCAAGAGGCUUCGCCUGGUCCCGGAGACCUUGGGUCUGAAGAGGCGGCGGGAGCAAGGGCCUGCAGGGCCUGUGGACGUGGACCCUCUGAGGGGCGAGGCAGGGUCGGCGCGCGCGGCGGUCGCGGAGCUAGUGCGGCUGUUCCCGCGAGCCCUGUUCGAGGAUGCGCUGCCGCCCAUCGCGCUUAGGAGCCAGGUGUACAGCCUCGUGCCCGACCGGACGGCGGCCGACCGGCAGCUGAAGGAGCUGCAGGAGCAGGGCGAGAUCAGAAUCAUCCAGCUGGGCUUCGACUCGGACGCCCACGGGAUCAUCUUCACGGAGGACUACCGGACCAGAGUCCUGAAGGCCUGUGCCGGCCGGCGGUGUGCCGGGGCUGUGCAGAAGUUCUUGGCUUCAGUGCUUCCAGCCUGUGGGGACCUUAGCUUCCAGCAGGAUCAGAUGACGCAGACCUUUGGCUUCAGGGACGCGGAGAUCACGCACCUGGUGAACGCUGGUGUCCUCACCGUCCGUGAUGCGGGGAGCUGGUGGCUGGCGGUGCCCGGAGCUGGGAGAUUCAUCAAGUACUUUGUUAAAGGGCGCCAGGCUGUCCUCGGCAUGGUCCGCAAGGCCAAGUACCGGGAGCUACUCCUGUCGGAGCUUCUGGGCCGGCGGGCGCCUGCUGCCGUCCGGCUCGGCCUGGCCUACCACGUCCAUGACCUCAUUGGAGCCCAGCUGGUGGACUGCGUCUCCACCACCUCCGGAACCCUCCUCCGCCUGCCAGAGACGUGAGGGGCCGCUCGCAUCGCACCGCCCCAGAGCGGGCCGGGCAGCAGUGCCGCCUGACAGUGGCCGCUGGCGGCGUCUGGGAAGGCUGGGAGCCGGCCCAAGUGCGGGGCUCGAGUGGGUGCAGAGGGCCGGGUGGGGCCGCCAUGAGCCUGGUUCCACCCCAGGCGGGCUCAGCAGGCUGCUGCGCUCCGUGGGUGUGGAACCGAGAAGGGCCAGGGCUCGGCCGCCCCGUCAGGGAAGAAGGUGCUGUCGGCGCUGUCUGGGACUGGGCGGCGGGGAAGGAGCCGGAGCCCUCUGCCCUCCGUGUUGAACCAGCAUCGCCAAAUAAAGUACUGUGCCUGUGA